ACGCGAGUUUGACUAGUUUCUCUUCAUCUCCGCUUCAGCUGGAGAGCAAAGCGACAUCAGCUGAGUUUGCCCUGAAAAAGUACCACCUUUUGUGGAUAAAUUACAGGCAUCUACCAUCACGUAAAAUAGCAUUUUACAAAGUGACAGUGCAGCUGCUAAGCAAAUGAAAUAACUGUCAGCUGUCGUAACCAGAGAAACGGCGAAAGGAGGAAUAACAUCACAUCAAACCCGGCAAACAAAGAGGUCCUUUCUCAACGACAACAUUUUUCCUCCAUAUUCUAUAGUUAUGAGUCAUGUGGCCGUCGAAAAUGUCCACGGUCUAGAGCAGCAGCUCGCUGUCCUAGACUUGACCGCAGCAGACGGGCAGGGGGGAGGCACCAACCGUAAGCAGCCAACAUGUUUUUGGCGAUACAUUCCUCCACAUUUACGGAACAAAGACGCUUCCAAAAAUGCAGGAAAUGCCUUUGCUGCUGGUCGACAGGGUGGCUACACCAUAGCACCUGCAGCCAACUAUGGCUGGGACGGGGGGCGCAACAACUUUGUUAACGGCUACCAUGACAACCGCAUGGGGGGCGGCAACACGUUCAACCGCGGCCCGCCUCGCAUGGAACGGGGCCGAGGUGGCGUCGGAGGAGGUGGUUACCGCGGCAACAGGGGCGGAGCCUUCAACCCCAUCAACCCAGCUCAGCCAAUGGGCUUCGGUGGCUACGAAAAUAAAGACGCAGGCGGCUGGAACACUGCCAAAGACGCCUAUAGCAGUUUUGGCAACAACCGAGGAAAGUCUGCGUUCUUCAAUGACAGAGGCAAUGCUAACAGAGGGAGAUUCGAUCACGGUGGAUUUGGUGGUGGAGGAGGAGGAGGAAACAGCCGCUGGGUGGAGGAGUCUAGAGAUGACGGAGACUGGUCCAAACCAACGCCACGUAACGAACGCCUUGAACAUGAGUUGUUCUCCGGUAGUAACACUGGGAUUAACUUUGAGAAAUACGAUGACAUUCCUGUUGAGGCCACAGGACAGAACUGCCCUCAUCACAUCGAGAGUUUCCAAGAUGUAGACAUGGGUGAGAUUGUGAUGGGUAACAUUGCUCUGAGUCGCUACACCAGACCAACCCCGGUCCAGAAAUAUGCCAUUCCUAUUGUCAAGUCCAAGCGAGACCUCAUGGCCUGUGCACAGACAGGUUCUGGGAAGACAGCAGCGUUCCUGCUGCCCAUUCUCAGCCAGAUCUACACUGAGGGACCAGGAGAAGCUCUUACUGCAGCUAAAGCCAAUGGACAGGAGAAUGGAAAGUAUGGGCGUCGUAAGCAAUACCCCAUCUCCCUGGUACUGGCUCCGACCAGAGAACUGGCACUGCAGAUAUACGAUGAAGCCAGGAAGUUUUCCUACCGCUCCAGAGUGCGUCCCUGUGUUGUGUACGGAGGAGCGGACAUCGGCCAGCAGAUCAGAGAUCUGGAGAGAGGCUGCCACCUGCUGGUGGCCACACCUGGAAGACUGGUGGACAUGAUGGAAAGGGGCAAGAUUGGACUGGACUACUGCAACUAUCUUGUCCUAGAUGAGGCUGAUCGUAUGUUGGACAUGGGCUUUGAACCACAGAUAAGACGCAUCGUUGAACAGGACACCAUGCCUCCUAAAGGCAUCCGACAGACCAUGAUGUUCAGCGCUACCUUUCCUAAAGAGAUCCAGAUCCUGGCCAGGGAUUUCCUGGAUGAGUACAUCUUCCUGGCGGUAGGCAGAGUUGGUUCCACCUCAGAGAACAUCACUCAGAAAGUAGUGUGGGUGGAAGAGAGCGAUAAGAGGUCUUUUCUCCUGGACCUGCUCAGCGCCACAGUCAUCCCCAGCGAGGUACAGGACAAUACUGGAGACAACAUAGAGAAACCUGGUAAGGACUCGUUGACUCUGGUGUUUGUGGAGACCAAGAAAGGUGCUGACGCUUUGGAGGACUUUCUGUAUCGGGAAGGCUACGCCUGCACCAGUAUCCAUGGUGACCGCUCCCAGAGAGACCGAGAGGAGGCCCUAAACCAGUUCAGAUCAGGAAAAUGCCCCAUUUUGGUGGCCACAGCGGUAGCAGCUCGGGGUCUGGACAUCUCCAAUGUGAAACAUGUCAUUAACUUUGACCUGCCAAGCGACAUAGAGGAGUAUGUCCACCGUAUUGGACGUACAGGACGAGUAGGAAACCUGGGACUGGCCACAUCGUUCUUCAAUGACAAGAAUGGGAACAUUACUAAAGACCUGCUGGACAUCCUGGUAGAGGCCAAACAGGAGGUUCCCUCAUGGCUUGAGAGCCUGGCUUAUGAACACCAGCACAAGAGCAGCAACAGAGGACGCUCUAAGAGGUUCUCUGGUGGUUUUGGAGCACGUGAUUACCGCCAGACAGCUGCCGGAGGCAACGCUGGAGCGUUUGUAGGACGUGGAGGUCGUAACCAGGCAGGACAUGGCGGAAACCGUGGCUUUGGAGGAGGUGGUUUCGGUAACUUCUACAACAGCGACGGCUAUGGAGGCAACUACUCACACUCUCAAGUUGACUGGUGGGGCAACUAGGUUUCCUUCACCCCCUUCCCCCUUCCCACUCAGCCCUCUUUCUUCUUCUUCUCACUCAUCCUCCUUCCUUUCUUCACACUGUUGUCUGCACCCCAUCUGUCUCCUGCCCUCCAUCAAUUCCAAGAACCCACAUGCAUGCUAUUAAACUAUUUAUACUCAUUUAUAUAGCUCUCCUUCCAUCCCAAUGCACUCAGAUCUUUGAAUUUCUCCUUAAAAUGUCCUUUCCAUCUGCAUUUCCAUCUCCUCUGUCUUUAGAGUCCCCCAUCCUUUCUUCUUUGGUUCCUCUUUUCCUGGUAAAUCUCACAAUAGACCACAUUAUAAAGGGAUUCCUCAGUUUUAGUUGGGUUUUUUUUCAACACUAGCCACAGAUGUACGUGUUAGCUUCCAGCUAGCAGCAUCGUUUGGUUUCAGUGAGGACAUUUUGAGCUGUUUUCCCUCUGUGAGAAGUGUCUGAAGAAAAAAAACCAACAAAAUUGAAGUUUUAGGUUUUCCUUUAACGCAUAAGAUUGGAUAGACACUAAGGUUUACGAUGUGUUGAAUCCUCUAAAACCGCUGUAGAAGACCAGGGGGGAAAUCCAGUUUAUUCACUUAAGAUUUGAGUUUUGGCUUCAUUGUGUUUUUGUCUGCAUUCACCCAAAGCCAGCCAGGCUUUCCUGUGUACCUUCACAUGUCAUCUUUGUAUUUAAUGCACGGCCAUGUUGUAAAUCACUGGCCAAAAACUUUUUCUAAAAUAUAGUGCAGAGAUGGGCAAGAGGUCAAAUCUGAGCAAAAUAUGUCUGCAUAAAAAAAUGAACAAUGGGAACUGGCUGAGGUCUCCUUCACUGACAUGACAGAUACUACAAAGAGGCCACAGAAAUUACAGUUUUUUGUUUGUUUUUUUUACACCUUUUUUAAACAUUGAAGUACUUUGAAGAUUUACCGAGGUCUGAGAAAGAUGUCAAACAGAGAAGUGAAAACCCAGUCAGUGGGACAGCCAGCAGACGUUGUUGCCCAUUAGCAACCAUGAUGCUAGCAAACUGAAUCUUAGGACUUGUGGUUGUUGAUAUCACAACUACAAACAGCAUUUUCUUUGUUUGAAACAAAACAUAAUGGAGGAUCAUUUGUUUCUGUACUGUGCCUUUAAGAAUUUGAACAUUGUCUCUUA